CCAGGCGGCCUGCUUACACUAUAUAUUUCUAGCUAUUCAAGCGAGAGAGCUAAAGAAAGAGUGCAGUGUUUAAGUGUAAGCAUGCGGUUCCUGUUUUUCGGUUUCAUAGUGAUUCUUUCUGCGUUGAUGCUUGACGUGCCUAAAGCGUCGGGCAAAGCAAAGCAUCAACUGGAGCACGACACCCCGGAUGCAUUUAAGACAUUUGAAGCAUUUCCACAUGCCGUGGAAGCUUUUGACGUAGAUGGUGAUGGAGACCUGGACUGUUUGUUCACUGUAAGGCAAUACCUUGAUGAAGAUAGGAAGAUUGCUACCUAUUCAUGGCAACUAGCGCCAGUGAAUGGACGCCCAGCAAAGAACCACACCUACCACUGGAGAGAGGGAUCGACACCCGACAAACCCGUCUUCACGGUGGAUGAUGGUGCCGAUGGAGAGCAAACGGCGCAAGUUAUUUACACUAAUUAUAAAAAUUGCGCUGUAGCAAUUAUCCCGUACAAGAACAAAGAAAGCUGUGGCUUAUGGGUCGACAAAGACACCCUUCACAGCAUUCCGCAAGAAUGCAUGGACCAGUUCGAGGACAAUUGUGACAUGACCAUCCCCGUCUUUGACGAUGAAACAUGCAAAGAUGUAUUGAACGGCAUCUAGCAUCUCUUGAAGAAACGAUGAGCCACCGUAAUGGCGAAGUCCAUGGUCAGCCUCUACUUAAUUCGAACACUCUGAUUUUUUCUUAUCCAAAUGAUGAUAAGGGAACUCCUCAUAUUCUACACAAUAUUAAACAUCAUCCACGCCCCAAAGUGACGACAGAUGACGGAGAACACCAAUAAACACUCUUUCUAAGUACACA